AUGUCUCAUGUAAAACCUCAGGGGAACGUCAUUCACACAGUUUGUACGGACGCGGAUAAAUUGAGCGAGAAGCACACCGAUUGGUUGCAAAUCAAGCAUCCAAUAGGAUACCGACGUCGUCUACCAAAAACAGUUCCAAAACCGACAAAAACUGCCACAUUAAAACAGAGUGUUAAGAAAAUUAGCAAAGAAUAUUGUACUGAAUCAUCUAUAUCUGGUCUCAAGCAUAUAGUUGACGACAAUGUUUCUUGUUUUGAACGAGUUAUUUGGAUAAUAACGAUGAUAAGUGGCUUAAUUUGUUCUAUUUCACUAGUAUGGAUCACAUUUAUUCGUUAUUAUCGCGCUCCCCUGGUAACCACACAAAUGCCGGAAGGAGUAUCUGUCAGUAAAAUUAUAUUUCCCGCUGUUGGUAUUUGUACCAAUAACAGAAUUAGCAAGAAUGCUGUUAAAGAAUUAGCUCGAAAACUAUUGCAAGAGGAAAGAAAUAAGAACUACACAGAAAAACAAAUGCUUUCUUUACUUGUUGGUCUCGGUUUAUUAUAUAAUCAACAACCAAUGAAUGAAAAGCUGGUGGAGCCGAUGAAACUUCAUCGCGCUUUAGGCGACUAUGAUGUCAACGAACUGAUGCGUAAUUUGACACCUAGAUGUGAAGACAUCCUGAUCAGAUGUGCCUGGAACGAAAAAUCUAUGAAUUGUUCCGAUCUUUUUGACUUUCGUUUAACUAUGAACGGCUAUUGUUGCACUUUUAAUUAUUUGCGACAGUCAGACAUCACGUUUGAAGAUAUUGAUAUGUAUAAGUACGGGAACAAGUCAAAUUUUGAUGAUGAGCAAGGAUUGAAAAUCUUAAUGAAACUCAAUACAAGCGAUGAUUUUUACUACAACAUGCCACUACAAGGAGCGCAGUUGCAGUUCUCAGAUGCUUAUGAUUUUCCUGAUGCACCGAGUGGUAGCUUUGCCAUGCAACUUAUAAAUCCAAAUGUACAGGUAAUAACAAAUAGCGAAUUUAAAUUUCAUUGGACUUAUUAA